AUGGAUCUGUUGCUUACCCUCGUCGAUCACUACUUCGCGGAGACCAACAACUUUUUACCUAUUCUUCAUCGACCGUCGUUCGAGCGGGACGUUACCGACGGACUUCAUCUUCGCGACAAUGGAUUCGGCGCCGUAGUACUCCUGGUUUGCGCGAUCGGCUCUCGAUACGUGGAUGAUCUUCGGGUUCUCCUCGACGAGUCCUCGACGUACUCUGCGGGCUGGCCUUGGUAUAAUCAAGUCCAGAUGGUCCGCAAGUCCUCCCUGGUGCCCCCUCGCUUAUAUGACGUCCAACAAUAUUGCGUGACAGCCUUGUUUCUCGGGGGCAGCUGCCCUCCUCAUGUGCAAUGGAAUAUGAUUGGCCUCGGAGUGCGCUUAUGUCUGGAUGUUGGCGCUCACCGCAAGAUGGUCUACAAAAGCGUCGAUGAAGGCCAGAUCAUGGAAGAGCAAUGGAGACGUGCAUUUUGGGUUCUUGUACAGGCUGAUAGGUCGGCGGCCAGUGAGAUGGGCAGGUCAUUAGCCGUUCUCGAUGAAGACAUCGACGCACCUUUGCCACGCGAGUGCGAUGACCAGUAUUGGGUAGCAUCCGACGGCUCAGGCUUUUUCCAGCAACCCCCGCACAAGCCUUCUGUCGUCGCAUACUUCAAUUGCUUCGUCCAACUGAGGACGAUACAAGCUUUCGCAAUGAGAACUCUCUUUUCGCCGACCAGACCGAGGAACCAUGAUUGGGAACAACGCAUGGUUGCUCAGAUCGACUCAUUGCUGGCCAAAUGGCUGGCUACUAUCCCAUCCCAUCUGCGUUGGGAUCCAGCCAUCCAGGACGAUAUAUUCUUUCGUCAAUCAGCGAUUCUCUACAAUGCAUACCACUAUAUGCAGAUCGUUGUGCACCGUCCAUUCGUGUGCCCCAGCCGCAAAACGUCACCUCUGGGUAUAUCUUCGGUGGCGAUCUGCAUCGGGGCCGCGAGAACCAUGUCAAGGAUUCUUGAAGUGGUGCAGCAACGUGUUUCUACUCCCGUCAGCCACCUGAUGCUCCCCGCAUAUACCGCCGCUAUCGUUCUAUUGCUGGCUAGAUCGGCUGACGAGACGAUCCCGCCACAGGAUAUGUAUAGUGUUCAUAUCUGCAUGGCUGUGAAUAAGCGCUGCGAAACGAAGUGA